AUGGAAUGGUGGACACAUUUGUGGCUGAAUGAGGGAUUUGCAACAUGGGUGAGCUAUUUAGCUACUGAUAACUUGUUCCCAGAGUGGCAAAUAUGGACUCAGUUUCUUGAUGAAUGUACUGGGGGUCUUAGGCUGGAUGCUCUUGAAGAAUCUCACCCCAUCGAGGUGGAGAUAAAUCAUGCUGAUGAGGUUGAUGAAAUAUUUGAUGACAUAAGUUAUACAAAAGGUGCUUUUCUUAUCCUGAUGCUACAAAGCUAUCUCGGCGCUGAAUGCUUUCAGAGGUCACUUGCUUCAUAUAUAAGAAAGCACGCAUCCUCAAAUGCAAAGACAGAAGAUUUAUGGGCUGCCCUUGAGGAGGGAUCUGGUGAACCUGUGAACAAGCUAAUGAAUUCAUGGACUCAGCAAAAAGGUUACCCAGUUGUUUCCGUCAAAAUCAAAGAUCAGAAAUUGGAGUUUGAUCAGACACAGUUCUUGUCAAGUGGUUCUCAAGGUGAUGGACAAUGGAUUGUGCCGAUAACAUUAUGUUGUGGCUCAUAUAAUGUACGCAAGAGUUUCCUACUACAAACGAAGUCUAGAACUCUUGACAUAAAGGAAUUUCUGGGUUGCUCAAUAGCAGAGACUGGAAGUAGAGGAAGCAAUGAAAACAAUGCAUUAUGCAGCUGGAUAAAAGUCAAUGUGGAUCAGACUGGUUUUUACAGGGUGAAAUAUGAUGAGGAACUUGCAGAUAAACUUAGAAAUGCUAUAGAGAACAAAUACUUGUCUGCAACUGACAGAUUUGGAGUUUUAGAUGAUUCAUUUGCCCUUUCUAUGGCUUGCCAGCAGUCUUUUGCAUCAUUGCUUACCUUGUUGGGUGCUUACAGAGAGGAACUUGACUUUACAGUGCUGUCAAAUUUGAUUACCAUAAGCUAUAAGCUGGCAAGAAUUGCAGCUGAUGCUGUACCCGAGCUACUGGAUCUCAUUAAUCAAUUCCUUAUUGGCCUUCUCCAGUACUCUGCACAGAAGCUUGGUUGGGACCCUAAACCCGGCGAGAGUCAUUUAGAUGCAAUGUUGAGAGGAGAAAUUUUAGCUGCCCUUGCUGUGUUUGGACAUGACCUGACAAUAAAUGAAGCAAGUAGGCGCUUUCAUGCCUUCUUAGAUGACAGAAAUACGGCACUCCUUCCUGCCGACAUAAGAAAGGCAGUGUAUGUGGCUGUAAUGCAAAGAGUAAGCACGUCUAACAGAUCAGGCUAUGAAUCUCUUCUUAGAGUUUACAGAGAGACUGAUCUAAGCCAGGAGAAAAAUCGCAUUUUAAGUUCAUUAGCAUUGUGUCCUGAUCCAAUCAUAACACUGGAAGUUCUCAACUUUUUAUUGACUUCUGAGGUCCGCAGUCAGGACGCUAUCAUGGGACUUUCUGUUAGUAGUAAAGGACGGGAAACAGCUUGGAUGUGGCUGAAGGAUAACUGGGAGCACAUCUCGAACACCUGGAGUUCCGGAUUUCUAAUUACCUGCUUUGUCGCAGCAAUUGUUUCUCCGUUUGCUUCAAUUGAGAAGGUGAAGGAAAUAGAUGAGUUCUUCAAAGCCCGUCCUAACCCUUCAAUAACUAGAACCUUGAAGCAGAGCAUCGAGAGGGUACACAUCAACGCCAAGUGGGUUCAGAGUGUUGAUAGUGAGAAAAAUCUUGCUGAUGUUGUGAAGGAGUUGGUGCACAGAAAAUACUGA